AUGAGCCACAUCGACUGGUCCUCGUCCAAGCGCAUAUCCAAACUCGCCGGAAUCACCACAUCUACGACGACCUGGAGAUGGACAUGGAUACCAGCAACCCAGCCCAGGCCAGCCAGCCAGCCCUACGGCCGCCCAGAAAUAGGGAUCCCGUCUCUAUCCAGCAGCAAGCAGCAGCAGCAGCAGCAGCAGCAGCAGCAGCAGCAUCCCGCCCACACCCGCACCAACGGCCGAAACGCUGCCCGCUGCAACCAAGCACAGCCUUGCAGCAACUGUGCGAGGAGAUUCCCACAACCACCUUGUGAAUACACGGCGAGUGCACACCGACAACCGGCAGGGACCGACCCGCAGCCGGCCUUCACGCUCUCGACCAUCCCCGCGGGCUUCGGGGAGGACGAGGGCCUCGAUGGCGCGGGGGUGCAGCAGCAGCCGCUACUGCAGAUCGGACAGGUGGCGUCGGAAUGGAUCGACCUCGACGUCGCGGCGGCGGCGCGGUCCUGGCGCGAGCGCAUGUGCUCAGGCUUCGACGCCGGCGAGCUCGUGCGGUGGACCGGCAUCGACAUACUAACGCAGUUCCCCGGCCCUUCGGCCUACGAGGCGCUCCCCUGGAUGACUUCCCCGGGGCCGCCGACCGCCGGCGGCCCCGGCCCGGCCGAAAUACUGUGCAGCUCAAAGUGCGAGAUCCACCCACAGCUGGCCAAGGCGACGGCGGGUGUGAUGAACGUGCGGGGCCCCAUUAUUGAUCGGUUCAUGGGCGGGAGCUGGAACCUGGAGAGGACUGAGGAGAUCGUGUCGUGGCUGAUGACGCUGGACACAAGCGCCCGGCUCGGCGGGCCAUCGGGCCAGGCUGCCGGCGACGCAGCACACCGGGAUAUGAGUAUGGUGCCGGUGCCGGCGACCAAGCAGAACGCGGACCUGCUCCGGAUAUUCAUCGGCCUCAUCUCCAGGUUCAAGAUGGCCCUGGACGGAAACCCCGACCCCGAAAAGAACCAGUACGUAAAGUUCUACGUCCCGUUCGCGAUCCAGACGCCGCUGCUGGCGCAGGUGGCCAUCUACACGGCCUCGUGCUUCCUGCACGAGACGGGCCACAUGGACAAGACGACGACCAUGGCGCACAAGGGGCAGGCGAUCCGCAUGCUCAACGAGCUGCUCCGGUCGUCGCGGUCGUCGACGAGCGACGAGGCCAUCACGGCCGUCCUACAGCUCAUCCUGGACGAGUGGUACUGGGGCGAGACGAGCGACCUGCGCGCGCACCUGCGGGGGCUGCGCGAGAUGAUCCGCCUGCGCGGCGGCAUUCGGUGCCUGGGCAUGAACGGGCUGGUGGGCAAGCUGGCCAUCGUGGCCGACGUGGCCAUCGCGCUCUCGUUCGAGGUGCCGCCCUUUCUCAGGAAAGGGGACGAGUUUGAGUACCGCGAGGCCGGCGGCGGCGGCGGAGGGCACGUGCCGUUCCGCGUCGCCUACAACACGCCCCUCGUGUCCCCGCUGGUGCCCUUUGCCGACUGCGCCGAGGCGCUCGCCGUCGACCCCGUCACGGCCUCGAUCCUCGACGACAUGCGCUUCCUCAUCUCGCGCGUGCUGGGCAUGCCGCCGGACCCGUCGGCCGCCGAGUUGCGCAAGCUCGGCAAGCUGGCCGCGUGGAUGCUCGAGAGGAUUUCCAAGCUGCCCGCGCACGCGUCCCGCGACGACGACGACGACGACGACGACGACGACGGCGACCACGAUGACGCGAUGGGUUCUGGUCUGGGAGAUGUCGUCGGCGGCUGGGCGGCUCCGAGUUACUGCGGCAGCUCUCCCAUAUCCGAAGACGGAGGCGGCGGCGGCGGCGGCGGCGCGAGGGCCAGGACCCCGGUCAUCAUCAAGCACGAGUCGCCCGAGGUAGACGAUGCGCGCUCGUUCGGCUCGCCCGAGACGGCAGCGGCGGCCAAGCCCCAGGGCGGCGCAACAGAGGGCAGUAGGGCGGCGACGACGGAGGCGCCCGACUACAUGUACGAGCCGGUGCGGCAGGCGGCGCUCCUGUACUGCCGGGCCGUGGCGUCGCGGCGGCCCUUCAGCGCCGUCGUGGGCGCGCGGGACCUGACCCGGCUCUGGGCGGCGGCGUGGCGGGUGCCGCUGACGCGGUGGCGCGGAGCGCUGGGCGUCUUUGGCUGGAUCGUGCUGCCCAUCGUGUCAUCGGCCAGGGGUUCCCCCCACGACCGCCUCAUCAAGAGCAUGCUCAACAUUUGGGGCAUCCAGAUGAGCCUCGACAACUGGGAGAUCGCCGGCCGCGCCCUCCGCUCCGCCCUGCGGCUGCAGGAGUGGCUUGGGGACGGCGGUGGUGGGGCGACGGCGGCAGAAGGCAGCGGAGGAGGUGGAGGUGGAGGUGGAGGUGGAGGUGGAGGUGGUAGUGACGGGGGUGUUGCGGCGCCUCCCGAGGGGGGGCUGUCUGCGGUUGCGGAGGGCAAGCGCCGCGCCAGCUCGGACGAUGCGACCGGCGGGCGGGUUGCAGAGGGCCUCAGCCCCGGUGCCGGCACUGGGGGUGGUGGGAGAAAGGAGGGGAGGGCGAUAUCGCCGUGGUGACGCAACGUCAAGGUUGGCUUGGGCGGUGGUGUCAAGGUGUGGGAUUGGGAAAAAGGCGGGACUGCCGGGUUCGAAACUUAUAUUUUUUUAAUCGCUCUGCCGUACUAAUGCUUUUGACUUUUUCUCUGUUUCCAUUUUUCCUUCUUUUUCCAUCGCGUCAGUACGACUUUUAGCUCUUUGGUUUUCCUUCCGUUUCCUUUUGAUAUUAUCAGUCAUGUUCUCAUCACCAUAAUGUCCAAACAUGUCACCCCAGCAGGCGCGGAGUUUAGGCUAGCCCAUUCGAGAGGUUUUCUUGUGCGAAAUGGUCAUGUUAUUCCAUGCCUGACAUGGGGCUCGUCUUACUUAUUCCAUCUCUAUGCAGGCUGUUAGGAUGAAAAGUCUAGUCUUGGAUCUGGAUUCGCUGCGUCUCAGCGUCGUCCUUUUUCCUGUCCUUCCAUAAUGGGAUCUGGCCCUAAAUUUUGCGGUGAGUGGUCCCCUGUAGCGAUAUCCAUAUACCUGUGUAACGGUGUAAGUCAGUCACUAUUGAUUUCCCCGCGAAUAUUGAAAUUCCC